CGGACUUCUUUGGAACAUUCCUCGCUCGCUCUACCGCAAGCCGAAGCCUGCACCUCACGGGUACAUUGGUACAAAGAGAACCGAGGGAAGAAACUAACCUCGACCCAGCUUCUCCGUUCUUCCCUCUUUUCCCCCAACAGAAUCACGCAUCGCACGUGGAGGAAUGAAGUACGGACAGACUUUCCAAGAGAAAUCCGUGCCACAAUGGGCUCACUACAACGUCGAUUACAACAGACUUAAGAACGAGAUAAAGGUCAACACGACGAAGGACCAAGCUCGCGCAUUAGCAAUUCCCGGCCAGGCAGAUACUGCCCUGGAGAGGUUCGAGGACCUGUUCUUCGACGACCUGUGCAGCGAGCAUGACAGGCCCGAUCUCUUCGUCAAAAGCAAGGUCGACGAGAUCAAUUGCCGCCUGCAAUCCUCCCAAAAGAAAAUCGUCCGUCUGCUAGCACGAAGCAGUCGGGAAGGGAAGACAUUCUCUCCCAAGAAGUACGCGAAACUUGACCUCGACAUUGAAAGAUGCGGAGACGAGAUAAGGUCGUUACAGAGAUUCACGGAUGCUCAGCGCAUGGCAUUUCACAAGAUACUGAAGAAGUACAAGAAAUGGACUGGUUCUACAUCACUGGGCGAAAGAUUCAAUGAGCAAGUCCUGAGCGACCCAAAAAGCUUCGUCCGGCGAGACUACCAGCCUCUCUUAUCACAAGACCGCGACCUCCUCACGACCCUCCAUUCCACCACUCACACCUGCGAACCUGCAAGUGCCUCCUCAUCAAGACCCGCUUCGCGCCGACCUAGUACACAGAUACCAAUUUUACCACCCCCUCCACAAGCUUACUGGAACGAGUACGAUGAUGGAAGCGAGGCGGGAGAGGAAUCGUACACAAUAUUGGUAAAUCCGGAGGCUGAUGAUGGGUUUCCAGGCUCGGGAACUUUUGCAUAUGUCCUCUCAAAAGCCAUAAUGCCGAUAGAGACGGUGAGAGGGUGGUUCAGCCCCAGCGUGUCGCCCGAGGAAAGGAGACCCCUUCUUGCAAGCGAAGGCUACUUCAACGAACAGAGCGCCGGGGAUACCGAUAUCGACGAUGAGGCAUAUGCUUCUUCAGGCGAAUUCCCUGCAGGCUAUGCCACGCAUUACGCUACGUUCCCCAGUAUCAACGACCAGAAGUUCUCUCGACAGCGUGAACAGCUCCUCUAUCAUAUCAUGCUUGGAUGUUUCUUUGCAUCGAUAGUCUUGCUUGCUAUCGCUGGCACACUCGUUGUUACUGGCAAGAAGAAGCUUCGGGUCGAAGUCGAUGCUGCAGUCCUCGUGGGCGUGCUUGCCAGCCUUUUCUUUGGAACCCUCGCGAUUGGCACGAUGCUAUACCGUCAACAAUCUCUCAGCUGGCUUCAUAGAUGCCUUGUUGGCCUGACGUUCGUUGCUAUCUGCGUUCUUAACGGCGUUCUGUUGGUGUUAGUCGCGGGGAAUACGGGUAAGUAAAAGUCCCAAAUUGCGAGCAGAGUGUUCAGAGCGUCUGGUUACAAUAACGGUACAUAAAAGUGCUCGUGUUGGUAAUAUUUUUGGGAAUAUAGGGGGGUCUUCUGGCUGAGGGUGGUGUCCAUACGGGGCUUCUGGCGUUUAUAUUUGCUUCCUAGCAUGGUGGGACACAACAGGAAGGUUGUGUGCAAUAACGGCGAAGGGUCUUCGGUAGAUUGUAACGACUUUACGCCCCUCGAAGGACAUUAGGUGCCACACACUACUGUAAAUAGCGUCGCUGGCUUCGUACAGCUGGCUAGCGGCAUACAUAAACUUUACAUGCAACAUCUGACGCGGCUCUUGGAAUUUGACGUAGAAUACGC